AUGACACCCACCCACACCGUAAACAUUGCUCACGCCGAGCGCGUGAUCAUGUACGACAACAACAAGAAGACGAGGGAGAUCAGGGGUGCGAAAGAUAUCCGCUUGGAGUCUGGCUAUACAACGGCUCAAAAGGACAAGAAGGCCAAGGAUGCAAGCAAGACAGCCGCCGUUGCGGCCGCUGUCGCCCUCGCCAACAAAGCUACCAAGCACAAGACAGUCACUCACACCGCACCCACCAAAGCUCCUUCCUCGAGCAAAGCAAAGACUGCUACGGUCACCCCUGCGCCAAAGACGAAGAAAGCCGAGUCCAACAAAGCCGAGCAUAAAGGGCAGAGGAGGAGGUUGGGCGUGUACUUUGAAGAGACCAUGUAG